AGCAUUAAUUUUGCAGACACCCACUUUCAAAGAAUAGGCUCGUAUUAGACCAAGAACAAUCAAAAUUUGUUCUUGAAUUGAAAGAGCGCAGCCUCAAGUGGGUGGAAUGAGAGAAGGGUAAUGGCAUGGACGGUGGUAUGAUCAACAAAAGCAGUAAUGGCAAUGAGCCAAGAACAAGAAGCAACUGCUUAAAAAACUGCCAUUCUUCAUUUUCUCCAUGUUCAGGCUACGUUUGCUGAUCAUGGAAGCCAACCCGGUUCUUCUCAAGGUAGCGACGAUGGUACUCUUGCUUCUCAACUCGGUCUCGACUCAGGACGAUGCACCACUGAGUUCCGAGGCCGACCAGUCGGCGUUGCUGGACCUCCGGUCGUCUCUGGGCCUGAGGGCCAAGGACUGGCCGAGAAAAGCCGACCCGUGCUCCAACUGGACCGGGGUUGAGUGCCGUUCCGGCCGUGUGGUCGGGAUAAAUGUGUCCGGUUUGAAGCGGACUCGCGCCGGCAGGGAAAACCCCCGGUUCGCCGUCGAUGCUUUGGCCAACUUUAGUCGUCUAGCUAAGUUCAACGCGUCCGGGUUUUCGUUGCCGGGGCCGAUGCCGGCGUGGUUUGGGCAGAGACUUAGUGCGCUCCAGGUGCUCGACCUUAUGUCUUGCUCGUUAACUGGUUCAAUUCCACCGUCGCUGGGAAGUUUGAGUGAAUUGGAGGCCCUAUAUUUGUCUGAUAACUUGCUUACUGGUGCAAUACCUUCUGCGUUGGGAAAUUUAUCUUCUCUGAAGUUUCUUAACCUUUCGCGAAAUUUGUUGACAGGAGCAGUUCCAUCAGCCCUUUCAGCUCUUCAAAAUCUUACCUUGCUUGAUCUUUCUUCGAAUUUCUUAUCUGGGCCAAUCCCAUCUGGUCUUGGUUCACUUUCUGGUCUCCAGUUCUUGAAUCUGCGCAACAAUAUCAUGGCUGCUUCUGUUCCUGCUGAAAUGGGUAAACUGUCUCAACUUAUUGAACUUGAUCUCGGGAACAAUUAUUUGUCCGGUUUUUUACCAGAAGAAUUAGGAGGGUUGAGAAGUUUGAAGAAAUUAUCAGCUGGGAAUAAUAGUUUGGGAGGUUCAUUGCCAUAUGUUUUGCUUCAGAAUCUCACUCAGCUGAAGUACAUAGAUUUGAGUCGGAACGCUUUUGAUGGCAAUCUAUCUUCUGUUCUGUGGUCAAUGACUCAGUUGCAUUUUCUUGAUAUCUCGGGCAAUAAUUUCACAGGUGUUUUGCCAAACAUUACUGUGCCGUUUAAUGCCACUGGUGCCCGUUUCAACCUUUCAAACAAUCUGUUUUUUGGAACUCUGACUGAUCUUGUGCUGAAGUUUCGUUCUAUAGAUCUGUCUAAUAACUAUUUUCAAGGCCCAGCUCCCAGUAGCGUGGGUAACAAUGUUGUUAUCACUGGAAACUGUUUAAGGAAUUUGUCGAAUCAGAAGAGUUUCCAGGAUUGUUAUUUGUUUUAUGCUCAGAGAGGCCUAAGUUUUGAUGAUAAUGUAGCCCCAGCACCUUCACCUAAAUCUUCCUCAAGCAGCAAUAAACGAGUGACAUAUAUAGUGGUGGGACUGUUCGGUGGAAUCGGUUUCAUUAUGCUUUUAGUAUUAGUGCUGCUCGGCCUUCUGAAAACAUGGGGCAAGGGAAGUGCAGAUCAGAGGGCUGCUAGUGUGGGGCCCAUUCCAGGUGGUGGCUCACCACCUUCCAAAGCUUCUAUUAAUUUGUCAGGUUUGGGUGAAUCAUUUACAUCUGAGCAGAUGCUCGAAGCCACAGGUGAUUUUAGUGAUACAAAUCUUAUGAAACUCGGCCACUCUGGGGACCUUUUCCGUGGAAUAUUGGAAGGCGGCUUCCCUGUGGUUAUCAAGAGGGUUGAUCUGCAUUCCCUGAAGAAAGAAUCUUACAUGUUGGAGUUGGAAUUUUUUAGCAAGGCUUCACAUCCAAGGCUGGUCCCACUCUUAGGGCAUUGCUUGGAGAAUGAGAAUGAGAAGUUCUUGGUUUACAAAUAUAUGCCACAUGGAGAUUUGUCUAAUUCAUUGUACAAGCUUCCAAAUUUGGAAGAUGGUGGGCUACAGUCGUUGGACUGGAUUACAAGAUUGAAAAUUGCAAUAGGAGCUGCAGAAGCUUUAUGUUAUCUACACCACGAGUGUGACCCACCCAUUGUUCAUAGAGAUAUCCAAGCAAGCAGUAUCCUUCUUGAUGAUAAAUAUGAAGUGCGGCUUGGAAGCUUGAGUGAGGUGUGUGCUCAAGGAGGGGAUACUGGCCAGAAUGGGAUCACAAGGUUUCUGUGGAUGCCACAGACCUCGGAACAAGGCCCUUCUGGCUCAUCUUCAGCUACAUGUGCUUAUGAUGUCUACUGUUUCGGAAAAGUCUUGCUUCAGCUUGUAACUGGUAAACUCGGGAUCAGCAAGUCAGACGAUGUCAGUACGAAGGAAUGGUUGGACAAAAAUCUACCAUACAUCAGUAUAAAUGAGAAGGAAAUGGUGGCCAAGAUUGUUGACCUAUCCCUGAUUGUGGAUGAGGAUUUACUUGAAGAAGUAUGGGCCACGGCAAUAGUGGCCAAACACUGCCUUCAUCCCAAGCCUUCAAGACGUCCUCAAAUGAGGCAUAUCCUCAGAGCACUCGAAAACCCCUUGAGAGUGGUAAGAGAAGAAAGCUACAACUCUGCAAUAAGAACAACUUCAUCAAGGAGGUCCUGGAGCGCUGCUUUCUUUGGCAGUUGGAACCACAGUUCAUCGGAUAGUGGCAAUGGUCAUGCUGGCCAGGCAAACCGGGAGGGUCUAAGCCUAAGCGGCUUAAAACAGCCCGGCAGAGCAGGAGCAGGUUCACAUUCACAGGGAAGCGGAAUCUAUGAACUCUCCUCUUCACACAAAAGAUCAUCGAGUGAGAUUUUCCCUGAACCAGCUGAUAUGCAAGAUCUAGAAAGGCAGGUUCAGAACCAGGCGGGCAGAGGGUCGAAGAACAUUGUGUUCUGAUUUGUGAUCCAUUCAUUCGAUGAAGUGUUGCAUUGGUUGCAAAUGACCCUUUAAAAUGGAAGGAUGUGGGAAGGCCUGGAUUUGAAGAAAAAUAAGCUUCUACAUGAGGGUGAGGGCAAGAGAGCCCUUAAGGAGGAUUCUUUUAUUAGUUUUAGCCAUAGAUUUUCUCCGCACGGUCAUUGUUGUUGCAAUCAUAGUGUUCCACAAGAAGUGUAAAUUGUAAAAGAAUUGGCUC